AUGGGCUCUGUUGUUCUUCCACAUCUGCCUACUGCCUGGCAUGUGGAUCAGGCUAUUCUCUCCGAAGAAGACCGCCUGGUCGUUAUCCGUUUCGGACGAGACUGGGACAAAGAUUGCAUGGCACAAGAUGAAGUUCUUUAUAAAGUCGCUGACCGUGUGAAAAAUUUUGCCGUUAUUUAUCUCUGCGACAUUGACCAAGUCCCGGAUUUCAAACAGAUGUACGAACUGUACGACCCGAUGACAAUCAUGUUUUUCUUCCGUAAUAAACAUAUGAUGUGUGAUUUUGGCACCGGCAACAACAAUAAACUGAACUGGGUUCUGGAAGAUAAGCAAGAAUUAAUUGACAUCGUCGAGGCAAUCUAUAGGGGAGCCAAAAAAGGCCGAGGUUUGGUAAUUACUCGACAAGGUAUCGGUACUAGUUUGCAUUGCAGACAAAUUGUCUGCGGGUUAGCCUCCGAUGGACUCAUUACAUCGAUAUUUGACAACGGAAUGUUAUAG